CUUUCUGUUAGCGAGUAGCUAAUUUUUUAAAAGGUGGUUUUAUCAAAGGCCCCCUCAAUGUCGAUGAAAACCCCGAGAGCAAAAACUCUCUGUUGUCCAGCGAUUUUUCCACUCGCCCAGUUUUUUUUGUUCAAUCUGAUUCGUGAUUAAUAAAUAAAGAUGGGAUUAUUCCAAAUGGGUAUUAAAAAUUCUAUACCGAGAAAACUUCACCUUCAAUUAAUAUAUUUUAUUUUCCAUUAGGGAAUUCCUCAACUGAGUGGUACAGCUACCGUCCUAGUCACCGUCCUGGACAAAAACGACAAUCCGCCCCGGUUCACUCGUCUCUUCAGCGUAAACGUAACAGAAAACGCCGAAAUCAAUUCUUUUGUAAUACGAGUAACCAGUUCCGAUCAGGAUAUCGGCGAAAACGCAAAAGCCACCUACAGUUUUACCGAUAAUCCAGGAGAAAAAUUCAAAAUUGAUUCAAUAACUGGCAAUGUAACUGUUGUAGGACAUCUAGACAGGGAGCAGCAAGACGAGUAUUUGCUGAAAGUAGCAGCAGUUGAUGGAGCCUGGCAUUCGGAAACUCCUUUGACUAUAACCAUACAGGACCAAAACGAUAAUGCUCCUGAAUUUGAACAUUCCUAUUACAGCUUCAAUUUUCCAGAGCUUCAGCGCGAUAUAGUUUUUGUAGGUCAAGUGAUAGCCACUGACAGAGACAAACAAGGCCCAAAUUCAGUUAUCAGCUAUAGCAUACAACAACCAUCCGACUUAUUCACUGUAGAUCCAGCUUCAGGAGAAAUAUUCAGUAAACAAAGCAUAAGAUACAAAUACACUCAAAUGGAAUCUUCUCCAGAAAAUUCUUAUUCUUUGACUAUUUUGGCCACAGACAAUGGAAAACCCCCUAUGUCUUCAGAAUGCACUGUUACUAUCAACGUAGUGGAUGCUAAUAAUAACGCACCUAAGUUUGAGCAACAAGAAUACUUAUCGCCUGUUCCUGAAGAUGCUGUUGCUGGCCAACAACUACUGCAAGUCAUUGCUAAAGACGAAUUUGAUGCUGGAGUGAAUGCGGAAAUUGAAUACACCAUCGUUGCAGGAAAUAAUUCCGGCCACUUCGUUAUAGAUAUGUCAAAUGGCUGGAUUUCUCUCAAGCAAAAAGUGAACAAUGUUGGAUCCAAAUACACUCUAAGAGUUCGGGCUACAGACAAAGGAAUUCCAGCGCAAAUAGAUGAAACUACUGUUACAAUGAUAGUGACUGGUGAUAAUAAACACACUCCAAUAUUCAAUGCUUUAAGCUAUCAAGUAAUAGUACCUGAAAAUGAGCCGCUUGGAUCUACAAUUUUAAUUGUAAAUGCAACAGAUAAAGACAGCGGCCCUAACGGCAUGAUCCGCUAUGACAUAAGUGCAGGAAACGAGCGAAAAGACUUUGGAAUUGACACCAUCACUGGAGCAGUUUCCAUUUUACAACCAUUAGACUAUGACACUAUUCAAGCCUAUCAUCUAAAUAUUACUGCAACUGAUUUAGGAUUCAAACCACGGAAAGCUACUGCCUUGCUGGCUAUAACUUUAACAGACAUAAAUGAUAACAGUCCAAUUUUCAAUCAAACAUUUUAUGAUUCGUAUUUGUCAGAAAAUAAACCUCCAGGAUCUUUGGUAUAUCAAGUAGUAGCCACUGACAUUGAUUCACCAAAAAAUGCUAUUAUCCUCUAUUCAGUGUCAGAGGGUCCAGACAAAAACUACUUCUCAAUCGAUCAAAAAUCUGGCAAAAUCACAUCAAAAUAUUCAUUUGAUUAUGAAGAAAAAAAUAUGUACGCAUUAAAUAUUGUUGCAGCCAAUCCACUUAGUACAAUGGUUGGCGAAACUGAAGUAAGAAUACACAUAAGUGGUGUAAACGAAUAUUAUCCCAAGUUUGUGCAAUCAGCUUUUCAUUUUGAUGUUUCUGAAAGUACCGAGAUCGGUACCAAAAUUGGCACAGUCUUGGCUACUGAUCAAGAUUCAGGCGAAGAUGGAAAAGUUUAUUAUCUCCUAGUUGGUUCAAGUAAUGACAGAGGCUUUAGCAUCAAUAGCGAAUCAGGUGCCAUAAGUGUUUCUAGAAACUUGGACCGAGAAACUCAAAGUCGCAUAGUGCUUACGGUAAUGGCCAAAAAUGCCGGAGGUAUUCGCGGCAAUGAUACAGACGAAGCUCAAGUUAUCGUCACUGUGCAAGAUGGCAAUGAUCCCCCAGAAUUUUUACAGUCAUUAUAUCAAGCCGAAAUUUCAGAAGCUGCCAUAGUCGGUACCAAAGUCACUACAGUCAAGGCUGUAGACAAAGAUGUUAGGUACCAAAAUAAUCAAUUUAGUUUCUCUAUUAUUGCUGGUAAUAUUGAGCAAGCUUUUAAAAUAGACCCACAAUCCGGAGACAUUCAGACAGCCAGAGAUUUGGACAGAGAAGCAAUUUCGAUGUAUUCGUUAACCAUUGGAGCUAUAGAUACAGGGUUGCCACCUCAAACAGGAACUACUACUGUUAAAGUUAAUAUUUUGGAUAUCAACGAUAAUGGACCUGUUUUCGAUCCACCUCAGGUUGUUGGGAAAGUUAUGGAAAACGAGCCAGCGUUUACGAAAAUUAUGACUUUAAGUGCUAAGGAUCCGGAUUUGCCUCCAAACGGUGCACCGUUUUCUUAUAAGUUGAUUGGUGGGAAGCAUAAGGAGUUUGUUAAGGUUGACAAACAUACCGGAGUUGUUGUGACUACUAGAAGCAUUGAUAGAGAAGUAAGAAUUAGUUGAUAUAAAAUGAUUUUUAUUUUAUUUAAAUUAAUUUUCAGCUUACUCCAGAACUACAUUUUACCAUAGAAGUCGAAGACAAUGGCACGCCAAAACUCAAAAGUCAACAUUCCAUUAGAGUGAUCAUUCUAGAUGAAAACGAUUCCGAAUCUACUGCCAGAUCUGUCCACGUGGUUGUAUAUACUUACAACGCGGAAUAUCCUACUGGUCUUAUUGCCAACGUCCAUCCAAAUGAUCCAGAUAUAAGCGGAGAUUAUAAAUGUAAAAUUCUACAAAAUUCCGCUUCUUAUGAUCUUCUAAGUAUUCCUCAUGGAUGUGAUUUAAAUGCUGGCAGAGCGACGCCUGGACAAGGGUAUUCUUUGUCUGUUUCUGGCCAUGACGGAAUACAUAAAGCAGUGGUAUCGAGUGUUACGAUUGAAUUUAUUGCCUUCGAUAACGUCACAAUAGAAAAUUCUGUUUCGCUUUUAAUCAAAAACACGUCAGCCAAUAACUUUUUGACCAACCACUAUGCAGGAUUUUUGGAAAUAAUUAAAAACUCCCUCAACAGAGACGAGAAUUUGAUCUUGUACAGUCUGUUUGAAGGCGAACAAGGCCUGGAACUAACAAUGGCCGUUAAAAGUAGCUCCAGUUACAAAAGCAAAUUUUACACCAAAGAAAAAUUGCAAAAAAAACGAGACGCUCUAGUGAAUCUAUUCCAAAACGAUAACAUCAUCGUUGGAUAUUCGCCUUGUAACGAAGACACGUGCCAGAACGGCGGCAUUUGCACCGAAUCCAUAACAAUGAAGCGCACUACAAGAAUCACCGAUAGUCAAACCUUAAUCUUCACUUCUCCAUUAAUCCUACACGAAUACACUUGUCAGUGCAUGGACGGCUUCACAGGGGCAGUUUGCGACAAAAGACAGGAUCCUUGUUUGCCGAAUCCGUGCAAAAACAACGGACAAUGUCGCAAACAGGGCUUCAAUUAUCACUGUGUGUGUCCUCACAAUAAAGAUGGCAAACAUUGUGAAUUGGAACGUGGCGAUGUUUGUUCCGAAAAUUCCUGUCAAAAUGGAGGAACUUGUAAGGAAAGUCCUGAUGGAUCUAGUUUCUUCUGUCUCUGCAGGUCUGGCUAUAGAGGCAAUCAAUGUGAAGCUUUAGCAGACUCUUGCCGUCCAAAUCCGUGCCUCCACGGAGGCCUUUGCGUCAAUUUAAUGCCAGGCUAUAGAUGCAGCUGCACCGACGGACGAUACGGAAGACAUUGCGAAAAGUCCACGUUUGGCUUCCAAGAACUCUCCUACAUGCUUUUCCCAUCUCUGGAUGCUACCACAAACGAUUUAUCCUUUAUUUUUGCUACUACCAAGCCAGAUUCUCUAUUGAUUUACAAUUACGGCUUGCAAACUUUAGGCAGGAGCGACUUUGUGGCAAUUGAAUUAAUAAAAGGGCGUGCUGUUUUCAGUUUUGGUGGGGCCCGUACGGCUAUAACAUCCAUAAACGCUAUAGCUAAAAACAGCAAUAACUUGGCCGAUGGGAAUUGGUAUAAAAUCACCGCAACCAGAAAUGGAAAAGUUAUUUCUUUGAAUAUCGGAAGUUGCAAUGAAAACGGUGAUAUUUGCGAAGACUGUAGGCCUAACGAGGGCAGCUGCUAUACAGAAAACAGUGGCGAUACGGGAACAUUGAAUUUCAACAAUCAGCCGUUAUUGAUUGGAGGCAUCAACAGUCCGGAUCCAGUGUUGGAACGGCCAGGUCAAAUUCAUACUGAUGAUUUUGUUGGAUGUGUGCACAGUGUAUCGAUAAAUGGACGUCAGUUGAACCUUAGCCAUCCACUUCAGUCGGAAGGCAUCGCAAAUAAAUGCAGCAGAAGUCAGAGUUGUGGCAAAGGGGCAGGAGUAUCUGUGGAUCCAUGCGGAGGUUUUGGAGCUUGUAUUGAUCGUUGGAGUCACUCGUAUUGUUCGUGCGGCAACUAUUUACUAGCACCUAAUUGUCAAAACUCGUUGCAACCUAUUAGCUUGAGUGAAGGAGGGUAUAUUGAAUUUUCUAUUACGAAGAAACACAAAAGGAUGCAACUUUUAGAAAAUAUGUAUCUUGGUACUACGUUGUGGUCGCAUCAGAGAACCAUUAGAUCAACCGGUUCAUUUGAACUGACAGAAAGAAACUCAAGAUCCACCCCAGAUAAAAGCAUCAGCCUGAUAUUUAGAACGCUCAAGCAAAACGGUCUUUUGAUUUAUGCCACCUCAAACAAAUACUAUACUUCAGUAGAAAUGGUCAAUGGUCAAAUUGUGUAUACAAGCAAAACUUCUACGGUGGUCAAUAUGACUGAUUCCCACGAUUCUGUUACUGAUGGUGCCUGGCACAAUUUGACUUUGUAUAUAAAGUCUAGGAGUUUGCAAGUGAUCUUGGAUGGUAAGCGCCUAGGAGAGGAACUUGAUUCUGCAGGAGUGCACGAUUUUUUGGAUCCAUAUUUAACCUACUUGUCAAUAGGAGGUGUGCAAAGGAAUCUGUAUUACGUUAACAACAGCUUGCCUAGCUUUUUCGAGGGAUGUUUAGCUAAUUUUACAGUAAAUAGAGAAAUACAGCCAUUCAAUGGUUCUGGAAGUAUAUUUUCUGAGGUUAAUAAUAGAGGCAAAGUUGUCGCAGGAUGCAAUGGAGUUUUGGGUGUUGGUGCAGCUUCAAUUCAAGAUCCUUUAAGCAUCGGCAUUACCCUUGUAAUAGUGUUCUUCGUUGUCCUCUUAGUGGCCAUCCUAGUCUCAUUUGUAGUGUUCAGACUGAGAAAACAAUACAAAGAAAAAAGCGGUAGCCCCAAUGGUCCAAAUGGUAUUCAUUCCAAGCAAAACGGAGGGGUGAAUUUGGGUGCUGUUGGCCUGAAUGCAAUGAACGACAACGUCUUAUCCAGAGGCAUGCACGGAAUUGAAAAUUCCAUGAGUUACCACACUGACGGGGAUGUGAUUAGAGGUAUAGGGGGUCACAGUUUAGUAGGUCCUGAAUUGUUACCGAAAAAAUUCAAAGAACGCGACAUUCUACAAGGAAACGAUCCGCCCAGGCCUCAACGUCCUGACAUAAUCGAGCGUGAAGUAGUAACCAAAUCACCACCAAUGCGGGAAGACCAUCAUCCUCCUCUACCACCGUCGUCCAAUCACACGCACGAUCACGUGAGCAACGAUAUGGGGUCGGAAAUGCCCGAACACUACGAUCUGGAAAAUGCCAGCAGCAUCGCACCGUCCGAUAUAGACAUAGUAUACCACUAUAAAGGGUUUCGUGAGGGUGGUGGGGUGAGAAAGUAUAAGGCGACACCUCCGAGUAUGGCAGGGUACCAUCAUAAGCAUGGCGCUGCUACUGCUCAAGCUCAGCAUAGGCAUUCACCACAUCAUCCCACUGGGUUCCCUCCAAGAGCACCACCAGUAGCGACACCGACAAAUCGCGGCCACCAAUCCACCCCGUUGGCCCGACUGAGUCCCAGCAGCGAAAUGUCAGCACAGCAACCUAGAAUACUGACCCUGCACGACAUCAGCGGAAAACCACUACAAAGCGCCUUAUUAGCGACCACUUCCAGCAGUGGCGGAGUUGGGAAAGACGUGCUGCACAGUAACAGCGAAAGAAGCCUCAACAGCCCAGUCAUGUCGCAGCUGAGCGGCCAGAGCAGUAACCGGAAAGCGACUGCGCCGCCUCAAGUAGCAACUACCUCGCCUCAUGGCCUCACCGCGGAAGAAAUUGAAAGACUGAAUCAGAGACCUAGAAAUUCCAGUUUGGUUUCGACGCUGGACGCUGUGUCAAGCAGUAGUGAGGCUCCAAGAGUAGGUGGCAACAACCAUUUAAGUAAUCAUAUGCGUCACAGUCCGGUUCCUGAAACUCACCACAGUUCUACCAGUACCGAUGAAAGCGGUAACGAUUCGUUUACCUGCUCAGAAAUUGAGUACGACAAUGCCAGUUUACCAGGCGAUAACAAAUACAAACCAAAUAAAUUGGAGUCAAGACGCAAUGACUCGAGUAGUGGUAGCAAAAGUAACAUACCACCACCUUCGUAUGAUGGAUUUGAUUCCUCGUAUAGGUGAGUGAAUAAUUUAUAGUGACAAGCUUGGGUGUUAUAGUGCUACAGUUUCGUUUUUGUAAUUCCAGAGGCUCAAUGAGUACCCUAGUCGCUUCCGACGACGAAUUGGGCGGUCCGAUGUACAGGCCCGGAACAGGAAGUCCGCCCACCACUGCCCUAGGAUGGGACUAUUUGCUCAACUGGGGGCCGAAUUUCGAAAGUUUAGCGGGCGUGUUCAAAGACAUUGCGGAAAUGCCCGAUUCUGUGAAUAGUAGAGUGCCAAAUUCCCUUAGGCUUACCAACAAUAAUAAACCCAGUGAAGAGUACGUGUGAUUUUGUGCCGUAUUUUUUUUUUUGUGCCUUAGUAAAUUUGAGUGCCGUGUGUUUUGUCAAAGAUAAGUUGCUCAAAACAAUUUUUUACUCUCACAUAAAAGCCAUAUUGUAUAGUAGAUUUUAGGUUUAAAAUUUUCAAUUGAAAUAAUGUCUUUGAUAAAACACGUAUUAUUAGUUUUCCAAAAGACUGUUUACUUAAUUAUUGUAAGUAGUUCUUGCAUCAAGAACAUUUUUUUUGUAUACAUAAUUAUUUCUUGCCAUAUUUUGUGUAAUAUCUAUGUACAAAGACCCAUUCCUAUCGUUGAGAGACUUGAAUAGUUUGUAAAUAGAUUAUUUUUUUGUAUUAAGGUUGAACUUGAAAGUCAGUUUUUGUAGAAUAAUUUUGUAUAAAUAAACUACUCAGUUGGAGUUUUGAAUAAGAGAAUGAAUAA